UCUGAGAAAAUAUUCGAUUGUUUUAGGGUCAUUAAAUCGAACAUCGAUAAGCGGAGUCUGUGCGGAACCGGCUGGACUGCGUCAUACCUAGAGGGACCUAGCUUGAGAAAGGGCAUCAGAGGGUGGGCGUAGAUGUCGUAUCUCACGGCCAGGUGCACCCAGUGCAACGGGACUGCGAGGCUGCACAAGGACCUCGCUGUCCCGUGCACAGAAAAUGCUGAAUGCCCCGGCUGUUCGCGAUGCCGGAAUUGCAUCGAUGGAAAAGUGGUGUCCGUGCCGGGCUUGUCGCGCGCGCACACGAAAGUAGGAUCAUCCCACAGUCGGCAAACGUCUUUCAAUUCCAAUGGCGAUAAGGUGGAUCUGCGGACACGGAUCUUUGGGGCUGAUGGCGGCAAUCUGCCACCGGCCCCCGUUCUGCAUAUACCGGCAACGCCUACUGCUAGGCAAGACAUCGACCCCGCGAGUCUCCCGCCAGCGCCGCUUCUAGUGAAUUCCAGUCCGUCGUUACAACAGACUUCGGCACCACCAUUAUCGCCGGUCCUGGCGUCCCCUGUGGAGGCGCAAGUGCAUGCGCCCAUUUCAGUUUCGGUCCAGGCGGCAGGAGAGGAGAAAUUGUGUCCUGUCCCGGAGGCCCCUCCGUCUGACGCAGAAGCGUCUCAAAUGGUGACAGAUUCUCCGGCGUCGGGUGCACUCGAAACGAGCCCUCAGGUCCCUCAGGCGAAAAACACAAGAUCUCUGAAAGAAGUGGACGCUAUGCUUGAAACUCUUAACUCUGAGGACUAUCCUAGACGUGGUCGAUCUUUGCAAGACCUUGUAAGCGGGUCGCAGGCCUCGCUCGGGAAGACGUCCAUCGACGGUUCACCAAGAACAGAAAAGCGCAAGAUGGGGUUCAUGUUCGGGUGGAAGAAAAAGUCGGAAUCCCAAUUACCGCAAUCUCUCCAUGGAGAACCGUUGGCGAGUGGAGAGCAGUCCAAGGAGAAAGCCGAGACGAGGCAAAGGUCGAAAACGGCAGAGCCAUCAUCGGGCAAGCCCUUCCUUUUGCGUAUGCGGAAAGCCGGAUCUGCUGUGGGACUAUCACAGGAAAAGCUGCCCAUGGUGGUACCGCUGGCCAGCUCCGAUGAUGGGGGAGGUGGUGGAAUUGGCGUGGUUGCUCCCUCGUCCGUGUGGGUACGCAAUACAGCCUCGCCGCGGAUCCAUGACAUUGUCUCGGAACUAGUAGUGGAAACCAACACGAAGCGCCUCGUGUCUCAGUACGAUUCCGUCGAUCUUUUAAACGACCGCGCAAUCGCCAAAACUACCAAACCAAUCUUCGAGGAGGGAUUCGACAACAAGAGUAAGAGCGUUGAGAACCUACCGUCGGAAAGAAAGGGCAUCGUGUCAGAAUUCUUCCAUUUCGGUAAAGGCAAAAAGAAGGCUUUAGGCCUAGAAGCUGCAGCUAUGCCAUCAAGCAUGUCGCUUGCGAACAAUUUGUCACUGGAUAGUCCCAGUCGCAGUGCGACAGCCAGCCCACCACCCCAGACCCCAUUGCAGGCAAUGAGCGGAGGGGUGGCGGUUAGAAAAUCGAAAAAGCCGGUAUCCGCAAGUCGAGCGAGUCCCUUGAGUUUGCAAAGUGAUAGUGAAGGCAGUCCUCUGUCGGCCGUUACCGGCAAAGAACAUAAGCGGUCACCGAGUAAAACACUAAAGGACUGGUACGGCAGAUUUGCAAACGAUGCUCUGAAGCAACGAAUAGAGGAGUUGGGGCAGAACGUUGUCUUUGAGGAGCCUAUCACCCUGCAGUUCCUUUUCGCCAACAAAGCUCUGCCGGUCGCAGACACCGCAUUAUCGAUCGCACGCAGCGCCGCUUGCUACCGAGCGAUACGGAAGGAUCCCAGUUGGUCGGAAAGAAGGGAUGGUGAGGCCCAUGGCAUCACUAGGGAGAAAAACCCUGAAUAUCUGGAGCUUGCCGAGGAUGUAGCCUGCAGAUACAGGCCGCUUGACAUCUUCAGUGAAGGUCGGCUGCAAACCGUUGCCUAUGGUGUUUCGGAAUAUGCGUCGCUGAACGUGGUGCAGUCUGGUGCCCCUGAAGACUUGCUUGAUGCUUUGAUUUUUCCUAUGGAUCAAGAUAUGUCGUAUGCGGAGGUGUUCCUUGCGACGUUCCGAUUCUUCAUGACGACACAUACGGUCCUGAACAGCCUGAUCGAAUGGUAUAACGUUGAUAUCGAACCAGAAUCCAGAACGCCAAUCACUCCGAAAGCCGAUGGGGUUCUUGAACAUCCGGAAGACUCCAUCGACAUUCCACCGGCGGACCAAAGAGCGCACCAGGAGCUCUUCCUGAAAAAGAACCGGAAGGGGAUUCAAGCCCGGGUGGUGAAGACGAUCAUGACGUGGAUUAAGAACCACUGGCAGGAUUUUCAAGACGACGUUCGGCUCUUCAUGACUCUACAAGUAUUUGUGGAUCAUAUCUCCGGCAUUGGUUUUGGGGACGGGCAAAAGCUGUUCCAAGCGAUACGAGAGCAGAGACUUUCGUGGUAUACUCUGCAAUAUAUACCCGCCUUUCCUCCGAAACGCAACAUCAAUGAAGAUAACACAAAGUCAUGGGCUUUUCUAUGGGAACCGGAAGCUUUGGUGAAGGACCUCACGCAGCUCGAUCAGUUCUUCCUCCGUCAAAUACGUCCGGACGCAUAUCUGCAUGUCCUGGCGUCGCCCCCACCGAAAACGGGGGCGGGACGGAAUAUCCGGCUUAGAGCCCUGUUGGAGUAUUCCAACUGGUUUCGCUUGGUCGGUAGCUAUAUGGCCACAAUCGUUCUUCAGGAAGAUUCCACAAGGAAGAAGGCACGAGCAAUAAAGCGAGUGGUCAAGAUCGCAAAGGUGUGUCGGGAUGUUGGCAACUACAACUGCGCUCUGGCAAUCAUGUGGGCAAUGCGACGGCCAUCUAUUGUUAGGGAUCAAGCAGCCUGGGAGCUUCUCCCGUUCAAAUACGUCGACAUAUUCAUGGGCUUCCAGGCCUUAUUGGAUCCCACUGACGCUUACGCGAACUACUGGGCAGAGUUCGAGAAAGCGCGGCCACCCGCGAUACCGUUCUUCGGUGCAUAUAUGCGAGAUGUACUGGAAUCCCAACGCGAUUUGUCGGCUUCCUCAGAUACCAGUGAUAUCUCACCCGAUCGAUCAACUUAUAUGUCGAAAGCUCGACGCAAACCGGGGCGAAACCAAACCCCAAUCGGAGAGAAUGCGCACGACGGCAAAUCAAGCCCACAGCAAUCGUCUCCUUCCUCCGUAGGAAUGAACAUAUUCUUCCAGCAAUACUACGAUCUUUAUUCCAUCGCUUCAGAGCUCGAAGUCUUCCGAUUAGGCACGUCCACGUUUACGACGAACGAGGAUAUGGACAAGGGCACAACGUUGCUAACCCACAUGCAAGACUUUGCGAUCGAUAAGGACACGGGGGCGUUUAUGGAUGAAGUUUUGGAACGCAGCAUUCUGGCCGCCUCGCCCACGAAGGGCGAGGCGAGGGCUGACGAGUCUUCAUUAAAGCGACAGGCUUCGGAAGAGCAGAGUGGGAGUCGCAGAGCAUCAAAGAGCGAGGAGGUGCCUGCCGCUCCCGAGGCGAUAGCUGCUGCCGAAGCCGUGGGCGAAGGCGCCGAUAAGCUUCCGGAGGUGGCGGAGCUGCCCGAACAAGGGCAAGGGACCUGAAGUGAUCCUAGUCUCGCACCAUUACAGCACGC